AUGGGCCAAAGUAGGUGCCAGAAGUGGACUGACAGCCGGUUCAUUCCUUUGAGACAGUCUCAGAAUGGGCCAAAAAUCGACACGGCUGAACGUACAGGGUUGAUUCCUUUUGAGACAGUCGCAGAUUGGGCCAAAGGUUCAUUCCUUUUGAGACAGUCUCAGAAUGCCUGGUUGAUUCCUUUUGAGACAGUCUCAGAAUGGGCCAAAGUAGGGUUGAUUCCCUUUGAGACAGUCUCAGAAUGGGCCAAAGUCGGGUUGAUUCCUUUUGAGACAGUCUCAGAAUGGGCCAAAGUCGGGUUGAUUCCUUUUGAGACAGUCUCAGAAUGGGCCAAAGGUUCAUUCCUUUUGAGACAGUCUCAGAAUGGGCCAAAGUCGGUGCCUGAAGUGGUACUGACAGCUCUGAGUUCCCUCAGGUUGAUUCCUUUUGAGACAGUCUCAGAAUGGGCCAAAGUCGGGUUCAUUCCUUUUGAGACAGUCUCAGAAUGGGCCAAAGUCGGUGCCUGA